AUGCCUGAAAACGUAAACGUGUAUGUCUCAGGUUCAUACAAGAAUUCACCUGGAGGAAGAGACAACCACGACGGCUAUGCCGGAAUUGCUGUAUCAUGUCCUGUUUAUCCAAACAUGUCGUGUAGCCAGAAAUUGCUGGAACUUGAUCACAUAAGGGGAUUUGUCGUAACUCCAGCAAGAGUCAAACUCGGGUCAGUCGUUAAAGGUAUGCAGGUUAUUUUAGCCCGACUCAAGAUUGAACAGAACAAGGACAUCAAAUUUACCCUAGUUUCAGAUUGUAGAAAUACGGUCAAGUACAUUACCAAAUGGGGCGUCCAUUACGUUGAGAAGUAUGGAAACAAGUACUCCAAAUGGAAAAAUAGUAAACGAAAGAAGGUUAAAGAUGCUAAAUUGUUGCAGACGGCCAUGUCAUUGGCCAACCAGAUAAAUGCUAAUGUUAAGAAGAAGAACUUGGGUGGAUUUGAACUUGUUUAUCAGAAGCGAAGCGGUAAGGCAAAAGGGCUGAUGCAAGCUUGGAGGGCGGCACAGAUGUCCCGUAAACAGGAAGAGCAGGGAGCGCAACGUGUCGAAGAUGAGGAGUUUGACACUGACGACGAGUAUGUCAAAAUUGAUCGAAAAAUCGAUUUAAGUUGA